AUGCCCCUUCUCUUCACCCACGCCACCUGUCGCCCCCCACCUCCCUCUCUGGCGCCCAACCCCAACGAGAUCGUCGACCAACGCUCACUCAACCCUUAUCCUCUCGCCGUGCACGUCUCCGCCCUAAAACCCACCUCCAACCUCUCCGGCUACCUCGAGCGCAAGCUCUUCACGCUCAACACCGGCCACGCGUGCACCGCCUACUUCGGGUCCCUCCUCUUGUACCUCACCAUUGACGCGGCGAUUAAGGAUAAGAGGGUAUGUGAGGUCGUGCUUGGAGCGCUAGAGGAGGGCGGGGGAACAUUGGUGAGGCGGUAUGGGUUAGAGGCGGGGCUUCAUCAUCGGUAUGUUCUCCCUGUGCUGAAGAGGUUUGAGAACCUGAAAUUGAAGGAGGAGGUGAUGCGCGAGAUGGCAGCCGUUGAGGAAGCUGGGCAGAGGGGAUAG